AAUUAUUGUUUUCAUUCCUUUCAUUAUACCCGCUGUAGUUUCUCUAGAUAAAUUUUAUUGUUGUCGAUUGAGUGAUGUAGCAAAAAGAAAGUUGUUUUACGAUCUGGUCAAGAUGAACCAAUGCAUGGAAGAAUUGGAGCAUCAAGUGCGUAAAAAGCUGAACGAGGGUAAAAUCAAGCUCUGGCUCUCUCCGUAUACCGUGGACGGUAAAAAGGGUGAAUAUCCAGAGAAACUCAUUGAAGAGUUUUCGUCAGACCUGAGAGCUGAAUGCGAUGUAAUUGCACAAAUCAUAGAGAAGCUUCGGAAACAUGCCUUGCAAAAAUUAGCAGCUAAGCAGCAGUUUCGGGAAAAUGGUGUUGCCACACUUAAGGUUAAAGUUGUCGGUAGCCUGCCUACGGGAGCUGCCGACAGGCAGUCAGAUUUGCAAACAAAAUUAGAUAUAAGUGGCUUAGCAUUGAAAAAAAUAAUAUCAGAAAAAUGGAAAAUUGAAGUUGAUAAAUUGAAGGUCAUUAGUGUCGGACAGGUCAUUGAUGAGCAGAGGUCAUUAGCUAGCCAAAUGGUCAAGCAUGGGUCACAUGUCAUGGUAAUCAUGCUUACAGCCAGUGAACUUGAAGCCAAUGAAGAGGAAGCUAAAAAAAUGAGGCUUGCCCGCACAAAGGAAGUCGCAGAGGUUCUUGCCAAACGAAAGAAAGAUGAUCAUGAAAGAUACCAUCUUCAAAUUGCGGAUCAAACAGGCAAACCAAUCAACCUUCCCGAGGAAGAGAGUCAUGCCCUGUCUGUCGCCCUCACACUGAAUGAGAAGGGCCGGGCUUGUCUGAAACGCAGACAAUAUGGAGAGGCAUUGCUUAUCCUACUUGAAGCAGACAAGGAAUUCAGCCAGUGUCGGUCCGAGAUCUUGUCCGCUGUUGAUAACUAUGCAGUCCUUUGCCUUGACAUCACUUGGUGUUAUUUCUGUUUGCAAAACAUUGAUGCCCUUCCUGAUGCAGAAUCCAGAUUGAAAAAAUGUGAGGACUGCUUCAAAAGGAGUUAUGGUGCGGACAUGGAGCGACUUAAGGCAUUGAAGGGGGACAGUUCCCGUGAACUAGCCCUGUUUGUCAGGCUCUACCUCCUUCAGGGAAUCAUUGCCUUUUACCAACGUAACAAGCAGCUUAGCAUUCAACUCCUUGAUAAGGUAGACAAUUUUUGGCGAAAAUCCCAGUUAAAUUUUUACAAGUUAACACAGACAAGACAGACAUAUUUCAGUACUUCGGAAGCUAGACUUGGAUUGAGGGCAGCAAAGGGACAUCUGGAACUGGCUGUCAAUAAAAUUACCGAGAGGAGGGAACGCAGGAAAGAGAUAGCCAAGAAAGAAACGGAAGAACAUGAAAAGAGGAAAAAACAAAGGCUGAUUGGGAAAGCAGCAAAUGGAGAAUGGGUUAACAUUGAUGUCUACAACACACUCCUAUCCAUGGGCUUCCCAGCCAAUGCGGCAGCAUCCGCACUCAAACAAUGCAACAGUGAUAUCAACCUGGCCUUACAGACACUGCAAGAAAACCCUGAACUACUAAACAUGCCAAACCCAGGGGACUGGCAAGGGGAAAUCACAGAGGAGAUGCUUUUCCAGUUCUCUGAAUUGGGCUUCAUGAAGGAGAUUGCCAGGCAAGCGUUAAUAAGUUACCAUGGCAACGUACAGAAAGCAAUUGAAGUACUAGUAGAAAAUGGUGGCCUACUACCUCCCAGUUGCCAUAGGGCAUCAACAUCUAGGGACCACAAACAGGGUGAGAGAGAGUGCCUGACGAAGGAGCAGGAAGAAGCUCUCAAGGAGCUAGCCCCAGAUAUUCCUGAACAUGAGGAAGAUUACCUGGACCUUACCCUCCAUGAGGAAGCUGGAAUCAUUGAAGAAUAUCUCACAAAAUUGGCCUCAAUGAGAGAUUAAAUGCCAUUAUUUCUAACACCAUUAUCAGUAUCUAUAGAAGAGAAAAGCUACAGUUUAUUUUUAUCAGUGAUGCAUUAAAUUUGAUUAUUUUAAAACUAUUAUUGAAAUGUUAUUUUUCCAACCUGAUGUGUUAGCACACUAAAUACUCAGUGUAACCCCAAUUUUUUUCUAUUGCAUGUGAUUCCAGUGGGAAUCCUAUUAAAUAUUUUAAGCAUUAAUUUUUUUUUUUAAAUAUAAAGGACACUUUCUAGAAAAAGUUAUAGUGCACUUCUAUUAGACACGAAGCAACACUAUUAAUACCACCAACACACGUCUGUAGUCACACGCACUCUAACCUAUGGUGGUUGAGCACAAACAAUGUAUGGUGUGCACUUGGUGAAAAAAUUAUGUUUGCUUGCAAACUUGUUAUUGCAUUACCCCUGCUAUUUGGGGAUUUGUACAAGCUUAGUUGCUUGUGGUCAUGGGUCUGAUCCCAACUGAAUCAUUUGCAUUUUAUUCACAAGGUUUUGAGGAACGUACUGAGUAAUCAGCGUGGUAACAUGUAAAAGUAACAUCGCUGUUUAACUUUCUUGAUGAAAAUUACUUUUGUAGUUACACAAUUAUUAUGUUUUUGUAAGCGUGAACUAAAAUGAAGUAAAACAAUUCAUAUUUUACUUUACUAAGAUUUGUAAUUGCAUAGUAUUAUAAUUAUGAAACAUUAUUUAUUAUUGCAUUUGAAGCAAUUUUAAAUUGCCCAACAAAUAUCUUACAACACAGAUUUGUAAAGACAGGAUUUACCCAGCAGAUUGGAGCUGUAGAUGCUUGCCUUCCAAACUCAGGGCCCUGGGUUCAAAUCCUGAGAUACAAAAAUGUUUUUUUCUUAACUAAAACCACUCUACUUCCACAUAAAGAGACUUACUAGAUUAUCAAGCACCUUUUGUGUACUUGUUGGAUGUGUAAAAAUAAAAUUAAAAUAAAAAAAAAUUCAUUUGAUCAUAAUUAUAAGAAAAUAAUUACAGUUUAAAAACUGGUAAAGUAACUAGAUACAGUGCAACCCAUCAAGAGGUAGGAUAUCACAUGUAUAAAUAGCUAACUGUGCUUAUAUCCAUUUAAGCACUCUUUUAUUACUGCUAAGCAUGUAAAAGCAAACUCUGUUAGCAUUUAAAGUUCAUAUUAAGCAUUUAAGCAGACUGAAUCUGUUAAGAAUUUAAGCAGAAUGAAACCAAAGAAAAUCUUCAGCAUUAGCAUGAAAACAGAAGCAUUGUACCUCCUGGUAUAGAGAUUUCAACCAUCUUUAUAAAUAACUACAGGUCAAUUUUAAGGUUUUAAUGUUUAUUGCAUUCUCUUUCAAUGUGUUUUAAAUGUAAUUAAUUGGAGAUUAUUUUUUUACAAGUUAGGAUUUUUAUAUAUUUGUAGGCUGGUAAAAUGCAUUGCAGAAUGAUGUGGUAAUGAAAAACAAAAAAUAGCAUACACAAAGCUCUAAA